AUGCCUUUAAGAGCAAAGAUCCAAAGUCCUGCGAUGGCGAUGGCAUCUUCUUCGAGAACUUUUGCCAGCGCAAGCGAAAUCAAAGAACUGCCCGGAGACGAGCCAAACGAUGUGCUCUUCAGCACCCAGGGAGGCGUCCGGAGCAUCACCCUCAACCGGCCCAAGAAGCUGAAUUCGCUCAAUGGCAGCAUGGCCCGCAAGAUUGUCCCUCGUCUACGGGAAUGGAGCAAGAGCGACCUCGCGAAUGUGGUGGUGAUCAAGGGCGAGGGUCGCGCCUUUUGUGCAGGAGGAGAUGUCGCCUGGCUGGCACAGCGUAACAAGGAGGGAGUGGAGGGCCAACAAGAGAGCAAAGACUACUUCGCCCUGGAAUACAAGCUCGACCACCUGAUCUCCACCUACUCCAAGCCAUACGUUGCCUUCAUCGACGGCAUCACCAUGGGCGGCGGUGUAGGCCUCUCCCUGCAUGCCCCCUUCCGCAUUGCGACCGAAAACACCGUUUUCGCUAUGCCGGAGACCACCAUCGGUUUCUUCCCAGACGUCGGCGCAUCGUUCUUCCUCCCUCGCAUGGACGGAGAGCUUGGAACAUAUUGUGCCCUGACCUCUGAGCAGCUCAAAGGACCGGCUGUCUUCUACGCCGGGAUUGCAACCCACUACAUUCACUCGUCCUCUCUUCCAGACCUGGAAGCCAGAUUAGCCGAGCUGUCCUUCAAGGACUACGACAACCUCUCCGCGCGCUUCCGUAUCAUCAACUCCACCAUUGAGGAAUUCUGUACGGGGCUCCCUCACGAUCAACCCAUUGCAGCGCCCGUGGGAGGCAACAUUCGCGCCGCAAUAGACUACGUCUUCCAGCCCGCCAACUCGCUCUCCCAAGCUCUAAAGGCUCUGGAAGGCAUGAUUGGAAUGAGUCCCGAGAGCAAAGGCGGUCGAGAGAUUCCCGAAUGGGCCGAGAAGACGCUAAAGACCAUCCUCCAGCGCUCUCCCACCUCUGUCAAAGUCACCUACAAACAGCUCCGUCAAGGUAACCAGUGGAGCAUGGCGCAGACAUUCCGAAAUGAGCACGCCAUCGCGUCAAAGUUCAUGGAGCACCCGGAUUUCAUCGAGGGUGUCACUGCUCUUCUUGUGGACAAACCCAAGCGCACACCAAGCUGGACUCCCGCGACACUCGAUAAGGUCUCCGAUCAGGACGUCGAUGCAUUCUUUGAUUUCAGCAACUCUUCUAACUUUGAGCUGUUGGGCCAAGACGCAGGCAGCCACGGCAACGAUUACAAGGGCUACCCUCACGCUUGGCUUGGUCUACCCAGGGAAAAUGARGUGAGGGAUUUGGUGUUCGAAAACAAGACAAAGGAGGAGAUUGUGGACCACUUCAUCCAGAAGACUGACGGGAAGCAGGGUGUCAAGGAGAAGGUCGAGGAGAUUCUGUUGAGGAAGACAGACUCCAACAACGGCAAGCUUAGCUGGAAGCGGUAG